CUGAUUGCGGUUCGUAGACAGUCUUGGUGCAGAAAUGGUCUCGUGACUCCGCGCAAAGCGGGGGGGCCGUGCACAAACUAUGAAUCUCUAAAGUGAACGCGUCUAUCGAACUUCAAUGUAAUUCCUCCCAAUAGACAGGCUUCGCCGUAUGCGACCUUGAGCUGCGCGCAACGUUGAACCCUCGCACUCCAGCGGCGAGCGAGAUGUCGCUCUUCGACCGGCCAGCAUGGGCUAGUACGCAGAGUGCCGACGACAAUGACACCAGCAUCUUCAACCACUCUAGUCACUCAUACGCAGCCAUCGUGGCGGAUGAGCAGCGCAGAAAGAGGCAGCGAGUCGAGAAGCACAGGGCGAAGCAAGAGCGGAAAGAGCGGAAGAGCUCAUGCAAAUAUGAUGCUGAGGAGGUUGAGCCGAUCACUAAGAGUGAGGGUAUGAAGCGACGGCGCAUUACGCUUGAAGAAGGCGAGGAUCUGCUCGAUAGUGUCGGCAUGUCACUGGACAAACCUAAGCGCUACUGCGGCGAUGACGAAGUCGGCGAAAGUGAGACCGGCGAUAUCAGCAAGCGGCGCUCACCCAGGCUGCAUAAGGUGGUCAACAGAGAUGAAGCGCGCACGAUAAAGCUUGCAACGCCUCCACAACCGGCAGUUGUGGAGAUUCGUGACGAUGAUGGCAAGGUGAAGCUCAGCCAUGUCCGGACCGUCUGCCCAGACGAAGAGGAGUCUGACGAUGACUUGGCCGAACUCGCCCGGCAAGCUCGAGCACGGAAACGUUUGCGAGACGAGUCUGUGAAGAAGUCUGAGACGCCUGAGGUGCGUGGGCCUACGCCGGCACAGAGUGGCGUUGAUCGCAACGAAGCAGCAUCCUUGACGCCAGCACCUUUGACACCACCCAAAGCGGACCCGACCAUCAAGCUCUUCAUCACCUCAGAAAUACCUAACACCAAACCGCUGAUGGUUUACCGCAAGCUCUCGCAAAGGCUGCAGGAGAUACGCGAAGUCUGGUGCAAGAGGCAGGACUUCACGCCAGAGAUGGCUGCCCAAGUGUUUCUAACCUACCGGCUACGCAAGUUAUUCGACGUAACGACUUGCAAGAGCCUAGGUCUGGUUGUAGACGCUGAGGGAAACGUCUCCAUGAGGGGUGCUGAGGGAGUCGAUGGCGUCGAUCAGGUGCACCUGGAAGUGGUCACGGACGAGAUUCUUGCCCGGCUCAAGCGUGAAAAGCAGCGUGAGGAGAGCACCCAACCAAUCGAUCCGGAGCAAAAGGACGAUACCGGAGGCGGAGCUCUACAGCAACAGCCAACUGACAAAACCCAAGAAUAUCGGAUCCUGCUGAAAGCCAAGGGCGCGGAGCCUUUCAAGAUAAAGGUCAAGGCCUCCACGUCAAUACUGAAGAUUGUGACUGCCUGCAGAGCUCACUUUGACGUGCAGAAGCCACGAAGUCUGCAUUUGGACUUCGACGGCGAGAUGUUAGACCCUGAACAAACCGUCGCGGAGACAGAAGUUGCCGAUAUGGAUUGCAUCGAUGUACAUAUCGGCUGAUUACCUUACCCUGCGACAGCCUACAGACAGUCUCCAGGAUUGUUGAUGACAGCAAUGACCGACAGAUGAACGUACGAAAUCCCACAACGUCGAUACGGAACCCAUUUCAAAACGCAAAGCUUCGAAACACUCACAUAUAGCGCCGACAUGCCAGCGUAAAGCUGCUAGGCGUUGGAGAGGGUAGCCCAAUCACCCGAUCCUGGCAGCCAAGGUACCAAUUCUUCAAGCAUGUGCACAAGACUGCAGCCUUCGGCCCGCUCCACAUGCAGGUUGUUGAGCCUCAUCUCACACCAUGUUUCCAGUCUGCGUCAUAAUAUACC